UUUUCUGACCAAACCCCGGAGCCGCCUCCCUUCCCCGCGGCCCAGCGGCCUCGGCUCCCCCCGGCCCCGCCGCGGGCCCUUCCCCGCAAGCCCUCCCGGGGAGCGGCGGGCGGAGGCGGCGGGGCAAGGCCCGGCGCGGCCCGUGAGGUGCCGCGGGAGGGGCGAGGCCUGGCCUGGCCCCGCGUCCCGGCCCCGGGACGCAAACCCGGGGAGUUACUGCGAGACCAGUCAUCCGGGAAGGUGCUAAUCUGCUUUUACGCUGAGGAAAAGGAAGCCAAAUGUUUAUUUCUGCUUUUUUAGGGGGUGCGAUGAUGGCAUUUAUCAGGUAUCUGAAGCUGUUGAGGCACCCGGAGGCUGAAAUGAAGUGGAAAUAACGUCUGAAAAGGAGGUAGGAACAAGGUGUGGGAAGACUGAGGCUGGAGAAGGCGCAGCCCGAGACGGCGUCGGAGUCGUGUGGUUGGACGUUUUGCUCCUAACGCAGCUUUCCCAAGGUCGUCCUGCUCCUGCCGGCCAGCCGGGCUCCGCGUCCGGAUACGUGAACAACGAGGGUAUGGCAACUCAUCCCAUAGAUCCUCCUGCUGCAGGAGUGUCCCGUGAUCUGUCACGCAGCCUUCAGGCCACGUAAACGUCUGGUGGCAUACCGACGUAUUCAAAAUGUCGAUGGACAUAACUUUCCUCGGCACAGGCUCAGCCUAUCCCUCGCCAACAAGAGGAGCGUCGGCGUUAGUGCUUCGCCGGGAAGGAGAGUGCUGGCUCUUCGACUGUGGAGAGGGAACUCAAACACAAUUCAUGAAGAGCCAUCUCAGAGCAGGCAGAAUUACCAAGAUUUUCAUAACUCAUCUUCACGGUGACCACUUUUUUGGACUUCCUGGCCUGCUGUGUACAAUUAGCCUCCAAAGCAGCCCCGACCCAAACAAACCGCCUGUUGAUAUUUAUGGACCAGUAGGACUGCGAAACUUCAUCUGGAGGAGCAUGGAGCUCUCCCACUCGCAACUUCUCUUUCCCUACACCGUUCAUGAACUGGUACCUACGCGGGACCAGUGCCCCGCAGAAGAAUUUAAGGAGUUUUCUUACUUGGACAGAGGUGAGGUGUCUCCCCAGGGAGCACAAGGGAGAAUCCUCCACCUGGAUCCCGUGGAAAACUCCUACUUGCUGGUUGAGGAUGAGCAGCUGGUUCUGAAAGCGUUUCGCCUAUUUCACCGCAUUCCUUCCUUUGGCUUCGUGGUGGAAGAAAAGCCCCGGACCGGUAAACUCAACGUACAGAAGCUGAAAGACCUCGGAGUUCAACCCGGUCCUUUAUAUGGGAAGCUGAAGAAUGGAAUGGCAAUCGUUCUAGAAAAUGGAGUAACAAUUUCUCCGUCAGACGUCUUAGAAGACCCUAUUCCUGGAAGAAAAAUUUGCAUUUUGGGGGAUUGUUCAGGGGUGGUUGGAGAUGCGGCCGUGAAGCUUUGCCGUGAAGCAGAUGUACUGAUACAUGAAGCCACCUUGGAUGAUACCCAAGAGGAAAAGGCCAGAGAGCAUGGUCACAGCACUCCAAAAAUGGCAUCGGAUUUUGCAAAACUGUGUAAAGUUAAGAAACUGGUUUUGACCCACUUCAGUCAGCGGUAUAAACCAGCUGCGCAGCGAGGGGAGGGAGACGCGGACGUCACCGAGCUGAAGAGACAGGCGGAGGCGGUGUUAGAUGGUCAAGAAGUAACACUAGCUGAGGAUUUUAUGACAAUAGAAAUUCCAAUGAAAAAGUAAAAAUUGUAGUGUUAGCAAGCUCUGUAUGGAGGCGUAAAGGACGGGUGUGUUGGCUGGUGCUUAAAAAUAAUGGUAGCGUUUCCGGUAUCCAAACUCAUUCUCUUCUGUGGAUGCAGAGAACCAUUGCAAACUGGAGAGAGUGCCAGGUACAGCUUUGUGAAGCAAGAAAAAAGGAUAAUCAAACACCUGGAACUUGGAAUAAAUUCGUAAGUGAUGGUUUCAGACACCUAAACUCCCCAGAAACCGAAUGCGUAGGCUGACGCAAGCCUUCACAGCCCGGGGUUUUCCCUUGGACCACAGAUUCCUGGAGCAGAGCACUGGAUCGUUGGUCUUAAUAGAGCCCUCGGAAAGGUUUGCGUUCUGCACCAGAAUUUAAGAUCUCUUGCCUGUUACAAGCCUUUGAAAAACAGUAUUUUGUAACUGUUAUCCCAUUGCUGUGUAAGGGGACCAUUCCACUGAAACGAAUAAAGUAUUUAUUAAAGCGAGUGUUUGUAGCUGGGGGUGUUGGCUCUGCUCAGGUGGAGGAGCUCUUAUAAUUCUCCCUUUGCAUAUGAAGUUUUCUCAUAAAUAAACAAUAGUUGAGGCUUCCUGUCAGAAGUGAAUCGCUCUGAACAAUUUGAUUCAUUUAAAGCUCCGAAGCCUGACCUAUUCCCCGCAUCAGUAAAGUUUGGGAAGUAUACUCUGGAAGUCUUCAGGCAGGUGACGAGCAGUCUUUCCUGAAGUGUUCCUCCAAGUGCAUUUUCAAAGACAAAUUAUCCUGAUAAAAGCAUAUUUCUAUAAAUACUCCUACGGGAGGAAUUUCACUUGUUUCUGCGACGUCUUUAUUCUUUCAAUUAAGGGAGGUGUAGACCAGCUUUAUCUCCUUUUCUUGCCGCCUCAAAACAAACCAGAAGUUGGAAU